GCCCUAGGUUCCUUCAACUACUUUUCAGCAAUGGUUUGCAACAGUCUCAGAAAAUUUAUCCACAAAAGAUGUCUGUUUGGUGGUGGUUAUCUGCUGGUCCAUCUGGUAUGAUACGAAUAUGUGAGGUUAAAACAGGAUGUCCAAUGCCCUUAUCAGAUUGCGGACUUCGCUAGUUCUUAUUUGAAUCAAUUUCUAGAGGCCCAGGACCGAAGAAAUCGAACAGAUUUUCUACCAACGUCGGGUGAGUUUUCUCGUUGGUCAUCUCCUCCAAUGGGUGCCGUAAAGAUUAACUUUGAUGGGGCGAUAUUUAGCUCGAUCAAAGCUGUGGGAAUAGGAGUGGUGAUUAGAGACUGGAGGGGGCGAUUCUGUGCUGGUCUGAGCAGAUUAAUUAGGAGGCCAUUGAGUGUUGAAAGUGUGGAGACUUUGGCUGCCUGCUGUGCGUUGGACCUGGGCAGACAGCUGGGAUAUUCAAGUAUUGUCCUAGAAGGUGAUGCUUUGUCUGUGGUGGAGGCUAUUGGCAAAAAAGAACCUAAUUUAUCAGAAGCUGGUCAUCUCAUAGAGCUGAUUCAAUCUUCAACAGAACUGCUAAUGGAUUUCUCUUCUUCUUGGGUAUGGAGAUCUGCUAAUGGUGUCGCUGAUGCUUUGGCUCAUUAUGCUUGUCAAUGUACUGACUCUGCUUUAUGGAGAGGGGUUUGUCCAUAUUUCAUUGGGCCUCUCAUCCUUAGAGAAUCCUCAAGUUAAGUUUAAUAAAGGUGUUGCCG